ACGAAGGCACGAGAGUGCGGCACAUCGGGCACGUGACAACGCGCUUUCUUUAAAACUGGCCCACUAGGCUCGGCGCUCAACCGUCCAGUCGGCCGUUGCUGACCGCACUGGAGGGUCUGCCGACCCGGUGGGUCUGCCGGGUCUACCGACCUGAUCUGCCGACCUGAUCGUCGCCAGGCGUGUCGCGCUGGUCAGCUAUGCGAACGACCUGCUGCAUCUGCAUGGACGCCAUUCAGGCCGGCAGCAGCAGCGACUCGAGUAGCGGCAGUAACAGCGUGAGCGCGACCGAGUGCGGCCAUGUCUUCCACGAGGCUUGCUUGCAGCGCUGGCUGGCAGCGUCCAGGAGCUGCCCAACCUGUCGCAAGCCGCUCCGUGCGCAUGGGAUUGUGAAGCUCUUCCUGGACGCAGCGGACGUGCUGCCCGGGGGUUGCAUUGGCAACGACGGCGGUCCACUGCAGCUGCUCCAGCGUGAACUAGGCGAGGCCAGGUCACAGCUGGAAGCGGCCGCUGUCGCCGAGAGGAGGCAGCAGGAGGCGACCGUCGCGCUACGCAGCAGCAUGCGCCAGAUCGAAGGCGUUGCGCGAACGUACAACGCCAAGUACGUCAACUCGCUGCGCGAGAACUGCCACCUGAGGACGCAGCUGAGGGGCCUGAGAGAAGAGGUCAGGGAUAAGAGGCACCUCCGCAGGGAGAACAUAGCGCUUCAGGCUCGCCUACACGCCAAAGAACGCCAACUGCAGACAGUAACGGACAGCCGGUCACAGCUGAACAAGGAGGCGUUCGACUUAAGGAGAACAGUGGCCCAAUUGGAAGUUCUGACAAGAGAGAGAAUGGCCCGCAUACGUGCGCUGGAAGGGGAUGUUAGUCGUCUCAAGGACAGGCUCCACAGGGCUGAACUCAAAGCGAGGAAAGGCAGCACUUCUGCAAGCUCAAAUGCCGAUGAUGGUCCAUUUGCAGAAAGCCCAGUGCCUCUACGAAUGAAGCGUCCACGUAUGACAAGCCCCGAUGAAACACCUUCUCCAAGUGCUGCCUCUCCAGCUCUUCACACUGUGACCUCUGCUUGGCACUCGAUGGCUCCAGAUGGUGCGACACCAAUGAGGGAACCACUGCUGCCAUGGAACACAAGCUUUUCCCGUCCACCUGCUGCUACAGAGUCAUUCAAUUCAGUCACCAGGGCUGGCUACAAUGGUCUAGGCAGUCAUUUCAAUAACGUUGCUGGAUCGAAUGCAUAUAUGAAAAAAUUCUAGGGUGCUUUCUAAUAUAUUGAUGCUAGCAUA